AUGAAAGCCGUCGUCACCUUGGGAAAUUCCAAGGUAGCUUUGAAGUCAGAUGUACCCGUACCAGAGCCCGGUCCAGGACAGAUUCUUGUCAAAGUCAUCGCCGCGACCCAAAAUCCGCCUGAUUGCGAGUCCUGUGUUAAUGUAACUACGGGCUUGGUGAUAGGUCUUGAUUAUGCGGGCAUAGUGGUUGAUAUUGGCCCGGACGUCCCUACUGGUCAGCGGUAUGUCGGUGAACGAGUCGCAGGGUUUAUCAAUGGUGGUAAAACAAAAGAAUGGACUGGGACCUUUGCAGAGUACUGUUUGGCCGAGGCCCACUUGGUGCUAAAUCUGCCCGAUUCCAUGAGUUUCGAAGACGCCUCGAGUCUCGGACUCGCCGGGUUUACAGCGUGUCAGCUGCUCUGGCUUAAUCAUCGUGCUCUCCCGACGCCCGAUGCACCAACGCAAAAGCCUUUUCCUCUUCUGGUUUGGGGUGGUGCGUCCUCCGUUGGCCAGUAUGCGAUCCAACUAGCCAAGCUCUCUGGUCUCACGGUCAUCACUACCACAUCUCCGAAGAAUUUGGAUUUGGUCAAGUCUCUUGCGGCAGACGCUGCGUUUGACUACCGAGAUCCGGGUGUUAUCUCUAAGAUUAAGCAGUUCACGGGCGACGAGCUGUCUGAGGCUGUCGAUUGCAUCUCUACGAAGGACACGAUCGUCCAGGUCGAGCAAUCUCUGGGCAAGAAUGGUGGACACAUAGCCACUAUCAUGCCGGUAUCUGUGACGCGCCCAGAUGUGACUUGCGAGUUUAUGCCCGUGUAUACGCUCCUCGGUCGGGUCAUCGAUUUCGGGCCUGCCUAUCAAUACCCUGUCAUCCCCAAACAUGUCCAUGCUGGGGAACGUUUCGGAAAGAUGAUGAGUGAACUGUUGACGGCAGGAAAAUUGAGGGCGAAUCCGGUCAAGAUCGUACCUAACGGCUUGGCGGAUGCGCAGCAGUUUGAGUAUCAUGAACAAGGAAAGUUGAGCGCGGAGAAGACUGUUUAUCGGAUUUCCGACACACCGUAA